AUGUUCUUUGCAUCAUGGAGACAAUUCCAAUUCUAUGAAAAUACUCCGAUACGGGAUCCACUGCUGGGCAGUGAUUCACCUCUCUAUUCCGAUCCUACUCUAUCAGCAGCUUCACCCAUUAAUAAAAAUAGGUUUGCCCUUGCAGUUAGAUCUAAUCAUUUGAAGAUAAUAAAUUUAAGUGAAUCUAAAGUAGAGCACGAAUUUCAAGCUUUCGAAGAUAGUUUCCAAAUUACUCAUAUAGAGACUGUAAAUCAAGGGUUUCUGUUAGCUGUGGGGGAAGCAUUAGGUAAACCCUCAUUGAUUAAGAUUUACAAGUUGGAUAAGUUACCUAAUAAUCCUAAAUCUUAUCAUUCAGUCAUAGAAGUGAGAAACGGUAAUAACACUUUCCCUAUAUCCGUGGUUGCCACUAGUAAAGAUCUAAGUUGCAUAGCUGUUGGAUUCGUUAGUGGUAAAAUUAUACUAAUCAGAGGAGAUUUAUUACGAGAUAGAGGAUCUAGACAGAGGAUAAUUUACGAGGAUGUGGGAAAGGAACCGGUUACUUCAUUAGAGUUCAAUUUGGAUGCUUCCGUAUGCUUCGCGGCUACCACAACUCGAAUCAUGAUGUUCAAUACUACAGGUCGUAAUAGAGGACAACCUGAUCUUAUUUUGGAUUCUCAACAUGGGCUCAGUCUGAAUUGCAGUUGUUUCAGUCCCUACAACAAUGAAUAUAUCUGUAGCGUCGAGGGUUCUAUUGAUUUCUAUAUGGAUGGCGGAGAAAAGAAGUCCUUGGUGACGGAACUUUCAGGAGUAAAAAGAAUCUAUCCUGUGGAUGAGGAUCACAUUUUAGUGGUGGUAGAGGCAGAAUAUGCAAAGUCUGCUGUCCUAGAAGUGGAGGAAUUCUCGCAGUCGAACUCCAACAGAGUUAUUAUACUUGAUCUCAAGAAUCAAGUUGUCUCACUAAACGUAUUUAUCGCUAGCGCUAUCAUUGAUGUAUUUUCAGUGACCCAAGAUAAAAAGGAAAUCGUGUUGUUAUUGACUUCAGAGGGAGUCAUAGUAAAGAUAACUGAAAAAUCUUUGGAGGAACAAUUGGAUAUCGUCAUUCAGAAAGAAUUGUUCCCCUUUGCCCUUGAACUAGCUAAGCAACAUUCUUUGGAACCUCUAAAGAUUCAAAAUAUUCAUAGAAAAUACGGUGAUUGGCUCUACAAAAAGGGUUCAAGGACUGAAGCGGUGGAGCAGUAUGUGGAAUGCUUAGAUGUAGUAGAAUCUAGCGAGAUCAUUUCAAAAUUUGGCAUUAAUGAAUCACCGGACCCCAGAGGUCUAGGAAAUUUAGCAAACUAUCUUUGGUCUUUGAUCAAGGAGAACAGAUCCCAUUCUGAUCACGUAACUCUACUUCUGAUCGCCUUAGUCAAACUGAAGGCCGAAAAUGAAAUAAAUUACUUCAUUCAACAUUUCACAAGGUCAGGAGAAUUUUCUCAGGAACUCAUCAGUCAGGAUAUGGAUGAUGAGUCUUUUUUUUACUCAGAUAAGAAUUUAUUCGAUCUAGACCUGGUAUUGGGAUUACUCCAGGAUUCUAAAUUUGAACAACUUGCAUAUCACCUGGCCUGCAAAUUUGCUAAAGAUCCCGCCGUCAUUGUGGAAAUUUUACUUAAUACACUGGAUGACCCUCAUGGCGCUAUAAGAUACAUCAGAAGUUUAUCAAUUGACGAAACUUUACGAGUCUUGGUGACCUAUUCUAAGCAGUUGUUAGAAAAAUGCCCGAACGAUACUAAUAUUCUUUUAAUCGAUGUUUUUACGGGUAAAUUCAAGAGAACCGACUACAACGUAGACUUAAAGGAACCAGAGCAUCCGCAUGAUGAUUUCACAACGGUGUUUUACAGUUACAAGACUUUCCUAAGGUAUAUUAACAAUGUGACCGGCGGGGAAGAUGAGGCAGAAGUAAAGGGUUCUAUGGCUCCAACUUAUCAUCCACCAAGAGCUUCAUUAAUUUUUAAUGCUUUUAUUUCUAAACCAUUCGAGUUUGUGGUUUUCUUGGAAGCUUGUUUGGAGAGCUAUCAGAGAUAUGAAGGUUCGAAAGAGGACAAACAAGUAAUACUGACCACACUUUACGAUUUGUAUUUGACACUGGCAAACGAAGAUGUACCUGAACGUCAAGAAGAUUGGAGAUCUCGUGCAGCAAAAGUGCAUAAUGAAAGUGAGAAGCUAGUUACCAUCAAUGAAAAUGCUACCUCGAGAACUACACAGUCUAAUAAACCCAUUGACAAUUCCUUAAUGAUGUUAAUUUCCCACAUGAAUCAAAUAGAUAUCCAUUCGCCUGGGGAAGGUUCCACUGCUGAGCUUGACAAGGGUGCGAGGGCUUCAUUAGUGAAUACUUUCCGUUCUAUGAUUUUGACCAACGACCCUCCAAAAUGUAUGGAAUAUUUAGAAAAGCACGAGAGGCAAGAGCCAUACCUUUAUUGUGUUGCCCUCAAAUACUUCAUUUCCUCCAAGGAAGUUCUUCAGAAGAUCGGUGGUGAGACCGUUCUCAAGAACAAAGUUCUAACAAAGAUAAUCGAAAAGGAACUAAUGUCAGUUGUGGAACUAAUCGGUUUACUGGGCUCCACAGAUGUUGCCACCUACGGGCUAGUCCAAGAUAUCUUAAUCAAACACGUUCGUCAGGAGCAGGAUCAGAUAUCGAGAAACAAAAAAUUGAUUAGUUCAUAUGAGGCGGAACUAGAGAGUAAAAAGAGGGAACUAGAGGAACUUUUACAUUCUGAUGAACCUUUACAAGUGAAUAUCAAGAACAAGACUUGCUUUAUGUGUCAUACUGCCCUAGAAUUGCCAAUUGUAUUUUUCAAGUGUCGUCACAUCUAUCAUCAAAGAUGCCUAAAUGAGGAGGAAAGUGCUAAGGAGGGAAGAAGACUUUUUAGAUGUCCAAGAUGCAUGGCUGAACUCGAAACUUCAGAAAAGAUUUUCCAGACCCAGCAAGAAAUGAGCAAGAAAACUGAUCUGUUGAAGAUCGCUCUUGACAAUGGCGACGACUCCGAAGAUCGAUUCAAAAUCGUUACAGAAUUCAUAGGUAGAGGGGGCUUGGAAUACUCACAUGUAACAUUAGAAUAA